AUGGAAAACAAAACUGAAAUGACUGAAUUCAUUUUGCUGGGAUUUGAUGUCAAGCCACAGAUGCAGUUAGCUCUCUUAAGUCUUUUCUUACUGAUAUACAUCAUCACUCUGUUGGGAAAUAUUGGUAUGAUUGUAGUCAUAAAUGCUGAUUCCCAUCUUCACGCACCUAUGUACUUCUUCCUGAAGAAUUUGUCUUUUGUUGAUAUAUGCUACUCUUCUGUUAUUACUCCCAAAGCCAUAUCAGGUUUAGCAAUGGAGAGUAAGAUAAUUUCUUACAAUGGAUGUGCAACCCAGAUGUUCUUCUAUUCUCUUCUUGCAACCACUGAGGUUUUUCUCCUGGCUGGCAUGGCAUAUGAUCAAUUCAUUGCUAUCUGUAACCCAUUGCUUUACCAUGCUGCCAUGUCCAAGAAAACCUGCUUAUUUUUGGUGUCACUUUCAUAUUGCUUUGGUUUCCUAAAUUGUUGCACACAGACUGGUCUCACCUUCAGUUUGUACUACUGUGAAUCAGGGAAGAUCAACCAGUUCUUCUGUGAUGUUCCAGCAGUCCUGAAGGCUUCUCGCUCAGACACUUAUAUAAAUGAGGUUGUGCUCUUAGUCAUCUGUGGGUCUAUUAUAGGGACAACAUUUACAAUUGUCAUAGUUUCAUACAGUUGCAUUGUAGCUACAGUCCUUCAUAUGCCCUCUUCAGAACGGAGAUUCAAAGCCUUCUCAACCUGUACUUCUCAUAUGAUGGUUGUAAGCUUAUUUUUUGGAACAGCUUUCUUUAUGUAUGGUCAACCUGGAGCCAUGUCUUUUCCUAAUCAAGGCAAGGUUGUGUCUGUCUUCUAUACCAUUGUUGUACCUAUGCUGAACCCCCUAAUCUAUAGUUUAAGAAACAAGGAGGUCAAAGAUGCUUUGGGAAGGCAGCUAAAAGGAUUUCCUUUUUUUCACUAA